GCUCGCUCCAUGCGCGUUCACCCUCCAUUGAGAACACCAUAGAUAACACUAGCCUACUACAGCAUGUUCGCACAGUAUAUUUUAUAUGAAUGCAUACUUGAAACGCGCAACUGUAACUGGCAGGCUGGUGAUUUAGAUGAGAGGAGCUCUUCUGUGAGAACGUGCGGACUGACUCGAGCGUGUUAUUAAUCGUAAGGUGCGCGCCGCGAACUGUACGCUUUUGUGUUUAUAGCCUAACUGUUUCUGACACCUGCUCGGGUACCAUGAUGCUGGGUCAGUCUCCGCAUCUUAUCGGCGGCAUCCUCUGGAUUCAAAACCCAAUGCGAGCUGUCCACUGCAAUCUGACUCAGAAUGGGAUUGACCAUCAAGUGUGCACAAAGGAUGUGACCUCACACCUGGAGGAAACGUCUGUUGAUCAUGAUGACAGCCCAGGCUUUCAAGACCAGAGUCCUGGUUUCCUGCGAAGAUUUCCUCCGCAACGUUCAGUGUCAGAGUCUGAGCUUUCCAGGCCGGGAACUGUGAAGCUGUCUAAACCGGUGGCGCUGUGGACUCAGCAGGACGUGUGUAAAUGGCUGAAAAAACAUUGUCCCAAUCAACACCAAGUCCACAGUGACUCCUUCAAACAGCAUGACAUCACAGGUCGAGCUCUGAUGAGACUCACAGACAGAAAGUUGGAGCGGAUGGGCAUCAUGCAGGAGAGUCAGCGGCAGUUCAUCCUACAGCAGGUGCUUCAGCUCCGCGUCAGAGAAGAAGUCCGAACCCUGCAGCUGCUCACGCAAGCCUCCCUGGAGAGUUCUCCAUAACCUGAGUACUCCCGGAGACCCGCCCAUAUACUCCGAUGUCCACAGCACACACCAGACUGUCCUCUUCAAACUCCUGAACCACACAUCUCCCAGAUCUAAACCACCCCUGAACAAAACUGGAUCCAACUUAUUUUCAACAGCAGUCCUCAACAGCAUAUCAACUCAAACCUUGGAGAAUCACCCAGACUAAUGAUGUUCUUGUCUUGGACUAUGUGAAAGACUCGCUGCUGAAUCAACUUGUUUGUUGUGUGUAAUCUCCUGAAGUGUAGCACUUUAAACUCCCUCUUUCUGCCAGUGCUCAGCACACAGCCUGUUAGCAAAUCUGUGCAGGCAAGCAUGAUGCUCGACAACACAUACAGAAACUACAGAAGUGGUAGUGACCUCUCUCUCUCUCGCUCUCUCUCUCUUUCUCUCUCUCUCUCUUUCUCUCUCUUUCUAUCUCCAUCCAUGCAUCUAUCAGGACUCCAUAUUUUGCACGUCUGAAUAUUACUCGUCUCCUCUCUCCACGUCUUGUAUAAUGUGAACUGGUUGGCUUGCUUGGUAAGUUGUCUCUGUCUUUAUAUGUCCCCUAUCUUGAAUUCCUUCAUCAUUCUCUCGUCCAAAAGUAGAGCCCAUCUUCCCUAACCUGAACUGCACUGUGAUUGAGACCAGAUCUCCUCUAAAAACACAAGCCCACUCUUCCACACGAAGCUACAGUCCACCCCAGAUCCUUGUUUCACUGGCAUCGCACAGUCAUGUCCUGAUCCGGAGUCAGUGUUGGAGUUUGAUUCAUGGUUGAAUUGAAUAAGCUGACAGGAUGAAGCAACUGGGAUAUAAAACUGCAGCGCAUCACAAAUGGGAGAUUCUUACGUUUUGGGAAAGGAGAAGAGAGAAGCAGAGGAUACGCCUCUAUGGAGAUCAUUGUGUGGCUUUCUUCUCCAUCCCUCUGUUGAGGAAAGACGAGAAAAUGAAAAAAUGAAUUAUUAAAGAUACAGUUGAGCCAAAAAUGAAUUGGUUGUCAUUUAUUCAUGUUCAUGUUGUUUCAAAUAAGUAACUUGCCCAUUUAUGUGCAUGAGACAUAAAACAAGUCAUAUACAACCUACUUUUUUUUCAUACAAUGAAAGUGAAUGGUGACCAUGGCCACUUUUAUUUGAUGAAUUUUGAAUAUUCAUUUGAACUUGUUUUGUCUCAAGAAAUAAAGUCCAAUUUGAGUUUGGAACAACAUGAGGAUGACUAAAUGGUUACUUGAUGAUUUUUUGGUGAACUGUCCCUUUAAAGAAGACUAUAAAAGGAUGCAAGAUGCUGAAAAGGAUGCAAGGAGCCUGUCGCUAGAAAACCUUGAACUUUCCAUUUAAUUUAUGGUAUUGAACGGAGAUCCUCACAAAGGCAUCACUGUUAAUAUAACAUGGCCAUUCACUGUUACCUUUUUAACUCUGAAGCACAUGGAAAACUAAAUCAAACGAACUGUGUCUUUUUACACUUUGAUCAUUGCCACGUUUGUAUCAAGCCUCCAUUAGUUACACGAGCCUCAGGCGUCGACAUGGGUUCUCGCCACAAAGGGACUUGCCACAACUGUAGCAUGAUACCGCAAUAUCACACAUCUACCGCAGAGGCGCCAACAUGGCACCCAACAAAGGUCCGUGACCGUGCAGACCGGCCAUCGAUUAUCUGGGUCGGCUCCAGUUGUUUUGAGAGCUACAGUAAUAGGUUGCAUGCGGCCGUAUGAUGGAAGGUUUGCCUUACAAGAUGCUUUAGAUUGGAAUCAGAUCCAAAAAUUGAGUGGUAUCGAUUAGACCUUGUCGAUUACAUCUCGCAUUGGCUCUCGUCUGCCACACAGGAUGAAGUCAAUACGGAGAAUCUAGGGAAAAGCAUGUUCCAAUUAAAAAACUAGCUACCAUUUCAUGCCUUUGUGACGCCUUGGUGGGGUUUUUUAAUCACCUGGAGGGCUUGAUGCAACUUUUGUUGACUGAGGGAAUGCGAAAAGGGCUGAGGGGUGAAAUGAAAAACGGUCGUUGAUUUAAUGGCUGCUAAACUAGUAUAGAUCUCAGUAUAUUGAGAAUUCAGGCUCAUUUGGUUCAUAGACAGUGGCUUUAAAAUGAAAUCGCAUUAUUGCUGUUAUCACGAUUUGAUGUUCGUCCAAAAGGGUUCACUCUUAUAUUGAUCAUUCAGAUGAGCCGUGGCCAACAAAAUCAACUCUACUAAAUCAACUGUAAAAUAUUGAAUAUAGUAUUUUUCUUUAUGGAGGUUGGAUCAUUAGACAUUAAUGCUGAGAUGAGCGUUUUAACUUUGUGAGACCAUCCCACAGUAGAUUAACCACAGUCAAUCUAGACUGUUCUGCAAACAUGAUUCAGACUAUUAAUCCGCUUUAGGCCAUUGUUGUUAUUUUCUAAGAAAAAUGCAUAUACAGUAGAUGUUAUGGGAUUAUUUAAUAUUUUAACGAUACAUUUUUAUAGCAUAUUCUACAGUAUAUUAAACUUGCUCAAUAUACUAAGACUGUAAAGAUAUAUUAAACAUUAAAAUGUUGCUAUUUAUUAAAAUAUAUAUAUUGUUAUUUAUAUGCAAAGGGGAAAACAUUCAUUCUCAGGAGUCUUCAAAUUUAGAUUUCAAACAACAAAACGAAAAAGAAAAAGUACAGUUCGGCCCUUUGAGAUUCUUAACUUGUACUGUAUUAGUCCACUAAAGCUCCCCGUCACUGUUACUCAGACUCUUUUUUGAUCUUGAAGAGCCCUUAUACAUAAUAAUUAAUGCACAAAUGUAUGAUGAUAAUUAAAUGUGAAAAUGAAAUGUACUCAAGGAGGGUUUUUCUCCUCCCUGUUCUUUUGUCUGUAAAAUUUGCCUUGAAAAGUCUGUAACUUUGAGAAAGGGAAUUUGAAUACUUAAGCGCCCUUCCGUCAAUGUAGUUUCAUUGGAAUGAAAGCAUUCUUACCUGAGAAGGUUGUAUAUUUUACUGUGGUGUAUACUGAGUUUAAAAGAAAUAAUUGAUAUCUAUCUAUAGGUCUAUAGUUCUAGUACUAAUGUUCUGAUUAGGUUUAAAUCAGCUCUUUACAAGAACACUGGGACAUGACCACACCACAGAAAUCAAGUGAAAGUUUUCUUCCCUCGAGAACUGCACAAAGCAUUUAUGGAUUCGCUACAUAUCAAUACAUGUAUUAUUCAUGCAGAUACGCAGGUACAAAGAAACAUCGGGAGAUAAACACACAAAUACGUGUGCAUUUAUACUCGCACUUAUAAAAACAUCAAGCUGUAUGCAUUAAUCUAAAUAAUGUUUAUCAAUGUUUAUUUACACCCAUAAUGUGCAAUUAAAAAUGUAUGAUUUUUGACUAAAAGUGUGCACGUUUUUUAUUAUUGUUGAUUGUAUGAUUGUUUCUGAUGUUUUCUUUUUAGAAGGCAUGCAGACCUUUCCCUCUCC